CUGACACCUGAUAGCUCCACUGUGGCGCACACUUUGGUUAGGAAUAUGGGAAAGUGGGGUUGUUAGUUCGGAAACAUGCGUCAAAAAGAGAGUACAUCCUUAACAGCAGCAGAUCAACUUAACGCUCUGUCAUUGACAUUAUCGGAUUCCUACUAAAAGAGUUUUGCGCACUCACGCAGCCCUUGGGCGCAUUUCAUGGAGAUCUAUAGAUGACAAGACCUGCACGCUGCGUGUUGCUCUCUGCAUCUACAUGGGAUCUCUAAAACGGAACAUGGCGAGAGGGAUGAGAGGAGCUCAUCUCCUCGCUGUAUUUUUUACCUUUUCAGUACCACUUUUCAGGGACGCAGAUGCACAAGGAACUUCUGGUUAUAGUUUAAGCCCUCCGUAUUUCAACCUCGCUGAUGUGUCUAGUAUCUCUGCCACAGCAACCUGCGGUCAGGAUGAGAAUGGGACACCGAGAUAUGAGUUAUACUGUAAGCUUGUCGGGGGUCUGACCUACGGACUUCCUUCUCAAAAUAUACCGGGUCAGUACUGUGACUACUGCAAUGCCAUUGACCCUAACAAAGCCCACCCGGUGACAAACGCAAUUGAUGGGACAGAGCGAUGGUGGCAGAGCCCUCCUCUCUCCAUGGGCCAGGGCUACAACGAGGUGAACAUUACCCUGGACCUUAAGCAGCUCUUCCAUGUGGCAUACAUCCUCCUCAAGUUUGCUAAUUCACCUCGACCUGACCUCUGGGUGCUGGAGCGCUCUGUGGACAACGGGAGAACCUUCACCCCCUGGCAGUAUUUUGCACAUUCAAAGCGUGAGUGUAUAGAAACGUUCGGAAAGCAGCCCAAUGCUCGUAUAGUUCAGGAUGAUGACCAGAUCUGCACCACAGAAUACUCACGGAUCAACCCUUUGGAGAACGGGGAGAUUGUGGUUUCUCUUGUCAACGGUCGUCCGGGGUCUAAAAACUUCACCUACUCGCCAGUGCUGCGAGACUUCACAAAGGCCACCAACAUCCGUCUGCGCUUCCUCCGCACCAGCACCCUACUGGGCCACCUGAUCUCCAAGGCUCAGAGAGAUCCCACCGUUACACGCAGGUAUUACUAUAGUAUCAAAGAUAUCAGCAUCGGUGGACGCUGCGUUUGCCAUGGGCAUUCACAGGUGUGUGGUGGGGGUCGUAACCAAGACAACCCAAACAGCAGACUGCAGUGUGAGUGCCAACACAACACCUGCGGUGAGUCAUGUGACCGCUGCUGCCCAGGCUUUCACCAGAAACCAUGGCGCGUCGCAACCGUUGACAGCCCAAAUGAGUGUCGGCCCUGCCAGUGUUUCUCCCAUGCCACUGACUGUUAUUAUGACCCAGAGGUGGAAAAGAGGGGAGCAAGUUUAGACACCUUCGGAAGGUACGACGGAGGAGGAGUGUGCAUCAAUUGCCAGCACAACACUGCUGGAAUGAACUGUGAGCAAUGCCUGGAAGGUUUCUACAGACCUUUUGGAGUACCUCCCGAGUCUCCCACUGGAUGCAUACCCUGCAGGUGUGAUGAGAGGACUGCAGCCGGCUGUGAAAUGGGGUCAGGAAGGUGUAUCUGCAAGCCACAAUUGGCUGGAGAGAACUGUGAUAGCUGUGCUGACGGAUACUAUUACUACCCUCAAUGUAUUCCAUAUCCUGUAUACCAGACAACCACCAAAUCCCCUGCCGGACCUUUUGUGGAGUGUGUAUGUGACAACAGAGGGACCUUGUAUGGGGUAUGCGACGAUUCAGGACGCUGCCUGUGCCGUCAGAGUGUGGAGGGGGAGCGAUGUGACCGCUGCCAACCAGGAUACCACUCCUUCCCAAACUGCCAGCCAUGUGCCUGUGAAGGGGCUGGUGUGACAGGCCGUAUGUGCAGUCCCAAUGGUCAGUGUAUUUGCUUUCCCAACUAUGCUGGGAACGAGUGUGACGAAUGUGCCCCUGGCUACUAUGGAUACCCAGACUGUGCCGUCUGCCAAUGUUCACCGGAAGGCUCUUAUGGCAGUAUAUGCGACCCCCUGUCGGGUCAGUGUCUGUGUCUCCCAGGGGUGGUGGGCCAGCAGUGUGACCGAUGUGCCUCUGGACUCCGGUUCCCUCAGUGCUCAGCCCCCAUCAGUGCGUGUAACCUAUCAGGAACCGAGGUCACUGAUCCUCAAACGGGCUUCUGCCGCUGUUUACCAAGCGUAGAGGGAACGCUGUGUGACAGCUGUAAACCUCUCUACUGGAACCUCGCUUCUGAACUCUCCCGUGGCUGUAUAGAGUGUCGGUGUGAUGUGAGAGGGACCCUGAGUGGCGUAGGAGAGUGUGAGCAGAAAAAUGGACAGUGUCACUGUAAACCUAAUGCAUGUGGACAUGAAUGUGAAACCUGUAAGGAUGGAUUCUACCUGCUGCAGAAAAAGAAUUAUGUUGGCUGUCAAGGUUGUCAGUGUGAUGUAGGCGGCGCAAUUGGCACGUCGUGCGAUGACAUCUCGGGACAGUGUUGGUGUCGUAACAAUGUAGUGGGCCGUCAAUGCACUGAGCCAGCACCAAGCUACUACUUCCCCUCUCUGCACCAACUAAAGUUUGAGGUCGAGGAUGGCACCACGCCAAAUGCCAGACCAGUGCGCUUUGGUUUUAACCCCAAUGAGUUCCCAGAUUUCAGCUGGAGAGGUUAUGCUGUAAUGUCUCCUGCACAGAGUGAAGUCAGAGUAACAGUGCAUGUUGACCCAAAAGAUGAGAAGCAGCACUUAUACCGUGUGGUUCUGCGGUUCACUAACCCGAAAGGCACCAGUGUGACCGGUAGCAUCAAGGCUACCAAUAACAGAGGCACUCAAGGGUCUGAUCAGAGUAAGGAAGUAAUAUUCCCUGAGAGUCCCUCCCCAUCCUUCCUCACCGUCCCAGGAGAGGGCUUCGCUGAGCCCUUUGCAAUGACCCCUGGGACAUGGACCAUUCACAUAAGGGCGGAGGGGGUCCUGCUGGACUAUUUAAUGCUGCUGCCCCGGGAUUACUAUGAGGCUCCUCUGCUGCAGGAGAAGAUCACCCAGCCCUGCACUUACUUACUCCCUGCAGACAAGGAUACAAACUGUCUGCUGUAUAAGCAUGUGUCCAUGGAUGGCUUCAGCUCUGCUCUGGGAUCGCAGGGAAUCCUCUCCAGCCGCAGCGGGCGCAGGAGGAGGCAGGCUCGCGUGCGCCGUCCCACCCCAGCUCACCCUGAGAUGGCCGUUCUCAAUGGCCGACAGUCUCAGCUCCAACUCAGUCUACGUGUGCCUCGUCCUGGCCAGUACGCUCUUGUCCUGGAGUAUGCCAGCGAGGUGGACACUGUCCAAAAUGUCAACAUACUCAUCAGUGGCGAGUCAGGGGGCCAGAUCCCAGCCAGGGCUAACAUUUACAGUUGUGCGUACAGCUUUUUGUGCCGGAGUGUUGCAGUGGACAGCAGUAAUAAGGUGACAGUGGUGCAGCUGGAUCAUAAGACGGAGGUUCUUCUGCAAACCCCCACUACAUCAUUCCUGCUGUAUAAAGUGUAUGCAGUCCCUAUAGAGGAGUUCUCCCUGGAGUAUGUGGAUCCAAAGGUGCUGUGUGUCUCCACUCAUGGCUACUUUACUGAAGACAGUCGGGACUGUGUUCUGAGGCAAUUCGACAAGCCAGCCUCAGCUUUGAUACUGUACGCUGCCACUGAUGGACAGCUCUCUUCAGCACCGGCUGUUUCUCCCCGACAAGGAGAGAAUGAGGAUUGGAGAUGGAGACGACAGACCGGGGUCUUCCCUGUCUGUGAACCUAACAGUGAUGGGAUUCUGCUUAAAUUCCCUCAGACGGAGAUCAGUUUCACUCCCAAUGUGCCCCUCCCGGGCAGGUAUGUGGUGGUGGUCCAUUAUCACCAGCCUGAACAUACCUCCUUCCCCGUAGAGGUUCAAGUGAACGCAGGGCGGGAAUGGAAGGGUUCAAUAAAUGCCUCUUUCUGCCCCGCGGUCUCAGGCUGCAGGGCGGUUGUGAUCGCUGAUGGUCGCAUUGCCCUUGACUUUGAGCCAAAUUCUUGGCAGCAGCCCACCAUCUCUGUGAUUGUGCCACCUAAGAAGACACUUACUCUGGAUUAUAUCAUGUUGGUUCCUGAUAGCAGUUACACCCCAGAUCUCCUGAAAGAGAAGCCACUGAAUAAAUCUGCAGAUUUCAUACAGCAGUGUCGAGGAGAAGGAUUCUAUAUUGACCCGAAUACUUCUCCACAGUUCUGCAGAGACGCCGCCCGUUCUCUUGUAGCAGCCUUUAAUGACGGAGCCCUGCCUUGCAACUGUGAUAAGUCUGGCUCUACACGCACCACCUGUGAGCCAAUUGGAGGACAGUGUCCCUGCAGGCAGCAUGUCAUUGGUCGUCAGUGCACAAAGUGUGCCACGGGAUACUACGGCUUCCCCUACUGCAGACCAUGUGAGUGUGGCCGCCGCCUGUGCGAUGAGGUGACAGGAAGCUGUAUCUGCCCUCCUCAGACAGUCAAACCUUCCUGUGAUGUGUGCCAGAGUCAGACUUUCAGCUAUCACCCGUUGCUAGGCUGCGAGGGCUGUGAGUGCUCUCCAAAUGGCAUUCAAGCAAACGCAGGGCCUGACUGUGACCGAACCACAGGACAGUGCAGUUGCAAGCCUAGGAUUGCUGGCCGGCAGUGUGAUCGCUGCGCUGCAGGUUACUAUCGCUUCCCUGACUGUGUACCAUGUAACUGUAAAGAAGAUGGCGUCACAGCCGACAUCUGCCACCCAGACACAGGGAGGUGUCUUUGCAAGAGAAAUGUUGCAGGCGCCAAGUGCGAAACCUGUCGGGAAGGUUCCUUCUAUUUUGACCCCUCCAACCCUCACGGCUGUACUAGCUGCUUCUGCUUCGGGGCGACUGACCUGUGUCAGAGCUCCAGCAAACGCAGGGGGAAGUUUGUUGGGAUGCGAGGCUGGCGUUUGGAAAGUCCCGACCAGGAGAAGGUUACCUCUGUCCUGAACACAGCCAGCAACACAGUAGUGGCAGACAUCCAGGAGCUUCCCCCAACAGCUCAAACUCUACACUGGGUGGCACCAUCGUCCUACUUGGGAGACAGGGUUUCAUCUUAUGGUGGAUUCCUCACCUAUCAGUCCAAAUCCUUUGGGAUUCCCUCUGAGGGGAUGACCUUAAUGGACAGGAGACCUGAUGUUGUGCUGACUGGUCAAGAUAUGACCCUGAUCCACAUGGCUCAACAAGUCCCACUCCCAGACAAGCCGUAUCAGGGCAGAGUCCAGCUCUUAGAGGGGAACUGGCGCCAUGCGGUCAGCAGCAGGCCUGUCUCCAGAGAGGAGCUGAUGACGGUCCUGGCUGCUCUCGCUGGCCUGAGGAUCCGAGCCUUGUACUUUACUCAAACCCAGCGACUCAGCCUGGGGGAGGUGGGCCUGGAGGGGGCCACAGAGACGGGGACUGGGGGUCCUGGAAACACUGUGGAGGAUUGUUCCUGCCCCUCUGAGUACACUGGAGACUCCUGUCAGAAAUGUGCUCCUGGUUACUACAGAGAAGGCAGUGGGUAUUUCCUGGGUCGCUGUGUGCGCUGUGAGUGCAACGGUCUGGCUGACGAGUGUGAAGACAAGACAGGGAGGUGCAGGAACUGUCAGUAUAACACGGCUGGGGACAGAUGUGAACGCUGCAAAGAAGGUUACUAUGGAAACGCAGCUCUGAGGACAUGCAAAAUGUGUCCGUGCCCAUCCAGCACAAACAGUUUUGCAAUCGGUUGCAAAGAGGUGUUUGGAGGCUUGGAGUGUAUAUGCAGAGUCGGUUACAGUGGAGACAAGUGUGAGAGUUGUGCUCCUGGUUUCUAUGGUGCUCCACUGACGCUAGGAGGAAGUUGUCGGCCCUGUUUUUGCAACGGCAACAACUGCGAUUCCAGGACUGGUGUUUGCAAGAACACCCUUGAGCCAAAAGACACAAACACAGAUGAGCCCUGCCAAGAGUGUGAUAAUUGUGCCCAGACUUUACUCAAUGAUCUGGAGAAGCUGGAUGAUGAGAUAGGAAGGAUUAAGACUCUACUGGACAACGCUUCUGCCGGUUCUUCGUCUCAGGACAGGCUGAAGAAGCUGGAAAAGCUUGUGGCUGACACCAAGAUUACUGUCAACAACUUUAACUCUGCCAUCAAAAACCAAAAGCCCAAAGUGAACCAGCUUGAAGAAGAUGAGAGCACUCUCUCAGAUGACAUCGACUCCCUGAGAGACAAGGCAGAUAAGCGGGCUAGUGAUGCUGAGAAGGCCAUGGCAGAUGUUGAUAAAACUGACAAGAGGGCUAAAGAUCUGGACGCAGAGAUUCAAAACAUGAUGAAGAAAAUUCAAGCUCUGCUGGAACACCUCAAGGAUACAGGCACCAGUGGUGAUAAGCCACCAAAUGAAGACCUGAGCCAAAUGCUAAAAGAUGCUCAGCGCAUGGUGAAGGAGAUGCAGGACAGGAACUUUACCCCUCAGAAGACCGCCGCUGAGAAAGAAAAAGAUGCGGCCAAGAAAUUGCUAGAAAACAUCAAGACUGAUGUAAGCAAGCAGUGUGAUCAGAACGAGGUUGCAGCGGAGAAGCUUCGGGAUGACUUGAAAGGUUUCGGGGCCAAGCUGAAGGACCUGGACAAGGCUCUGAAGGAGGCAGUGGACUUGCUGAAAAAAACCAAUUCCCAGAACGGGCUCAAUGCUCAGGCACUGGCAGAUUUGAAGAAACGCAUUAACGACAUUCAAACGGAGCGUGAGACUGUUAAGGACCAAAUGACCCUGGCGGAAAAUGAGCUGCAGAAGACCGAGGAUUUGGUGGAAAUGCUCUAUGACAGCAAAACAGAAUAUGAACAGCUGGCAGCACAGCUGGAUGGGGCCAAAACUGACUUGAAUAAGAAAGUGAAUGACAUUACCAAGGCUGCAGACAAGGAGGACCUUGUGGUGAGAGCAGAGGAUCAUGCAAAGAAAAUUGCAAAGACAGCAAAGGAACUUGAGGAUACGGUGAAGAGCGCAAGUGAUCUUACUGAGGUGCGUGAUGCCAAGGACGCUAUUGACGCUUACAAAAACAUCACAGAUGCAAUUAAUGCUGCUGAGACUGCAGCCAAAGAGGCCAAAAGUGCUGCCGACAACGCUUUGAAUAAUGUGAAAAAAGAAAACCUCAAAGAAAGAGCAAAAGACCUAAUGCAGAAUGGUGAGGAACUGUUGAAUGAUGGAAAGGCGGCUGAGACAGACCUUCAAGGUGUCAAAGAAGACAUCACUGACCUGAAGAAGCGCCUGGCAAAGGCUGACACGAAGAAGAAAACUCUUGCGAAAGACCUGCUUGAUGCGCAAAACCAAUUAAACGGCAUCAAAAGAGAUGAUAUUGGUCGAAUGAUUGAAGAAGCCAAGAGGAAGGCAGCAUUAGCCAAUGACACGGCCAGCAACACUAUGGACAAGUUGAAUGACAUUAAAGAGGAAAUGAAAAAGAUCAGUGUCAUGCCUGUGGACUCCAACCUGGGCAGUGUGUUGGAUGAUAUGACCAAGUCAGUGAAUGACUUGCUGAAAACCAUCCCAUCUCUUAAAGACAAGAUCUCCGAAGUGGAAGACCUGACCUCUCAGUUCUCACCCAUUAGCAACAUUUCUGAGAACAUCAAGAAUAUCAAAAAUCUCAUUGAACUAGCCCGGGACGCAGCUAACAGGAUUACUAUCCCGAUGAUGUUUAAAGGCAAUGGCCACGUGGAGCUGCGUGCGCCAAAUAAUCUGGACGAUCUGAAGGCCUACACCGCCCUUUCUCUGAAGCUGCAGAGACCUUCAGGCAGGGGAGAUGGAGCACGCAGACGUAGACAAUCCAUCGACAACGGAGACAUGUUUGUGAUGUACCUUGGCAAUAAAGAUUCUUCUAAGAACUACAUCGGAAUGGUCCUGAAGAGCAACCAGCUGUACGGUGUGUACAAGCUCAAUGGUGUCACGCAUCAGAUAGAAACGGACUUCAUCACCACGUCCACGUCUGAACCGGCCAAGUUUGAUCAAGUUGAUCUACGCAGGAUUUAUCAAGAUGUAGAGAUGUCCUUCACCAGAGUUGUCACGGCAAGACCACCCGGUCCAAAAAAAGAGUACCAGAACAAAGGAGAAGAGGACAAAAACCUUCUGGACAUCAGUGCCGAUGAUUUUGUAUUCUACGUUGGAGGCUACCCUGACACUUUCACUCCACCACCAUCUCUCAACUACCCCAAGUACACAGGCUGCAUAGAGUUCUCCUCUUUUAACGACAAAAUCGCCAGUCUCUACAAUUUCCAAAACGCAGUGGAUAUUAAUAAAGAUUCUCCAUGCAAGAGAUAUGUACCUCCUGUGGUGUCUUUCUACUAUGAAGGCAGUGGAUAUGGAAAAGCGAUUAUAAAAUCAGUCUCGGCAGUCCUCAGGAUAAAGAUGGAUGUCUUCAUUCGUUCAGAAAACAGUCUGCUCUUUUUCAUAGAGGCAGAGGGCAAUUACUUCACCGUGACGGUAGAAAAUGGCAUAGUUUUCCUGAAUACUAAUUUGGACAAUACACUUGUUACAACAAGCAAAAAACUCUUCCCGGUAAGUGACUGGGUAGAGUUUUUCCUAAUUUUUAAAGCCGGUGAAAUCGAGGUCCGCAUGGCCAAAGAAGAAGCGGUCAGUGCCAAAUGUACUUACAACCACAAGGCAUUUAAAGAAUUCUACAUUGGUGGUGCCCCAACAGAAUUGAGGGAGAAAUAUAACAUCACCAUGCAGCCCUUCAAAGGAUGCAUGAGGAACUUAAAGAUUGGGUCGGAAAAUGAACAUCUUGAAGAGCAAGUGGGCAUCAGCAACGGUUGUCCACAGGAGUCCUUGGUUUCUCGCAAAGCAGAGUUCAAUUUGAAAAGCUCCCUGUCAGCUAACCUUCAAGGUUUCAGUCUGGCUGAUGAUGUUACUGUUUCCCUCGGAUUCAAGAGCACAGAAAAACAGGGUCUCAUUCUGCAGGACAAACUGUUGGCUAAUGAGAUGAAUCUUAAGUUGGAAAAUGGCCAUGUGAUUCUCAAUUUUAACAACAAGAUCUGGAAAUCAAACAAAGUAUAUAACGAUGACCUGUGGCAUUAUUUGACUGUUACCAGAAGAAGUGGAAGUAUUAAGCUUGUUAUUGAUGACGAGGACAAGGGUCUGGAACAAAGUGGCAGCUCUCCCAUACCCAACACACGUGGCGCCAUUGUUCUGGGAAAAGACACGUUCAAAGGCUGCAUUUCUAACCUCUACACAAGACGGCCAACAAAUCUGUUCAAGGCUGAGGACCUCAGCACCUUCACGCCAUCUGGAAAUGUAAAGAUUGAUGUGUGUACUGCUGACACACUCGCUCAACUGAUGAUGGACCGUGCCUCUAAGAAGGAUUUUGUGAUGCAGGCGAUAAAUGAGAGUCUAUCAGCGUGCCGAUUACCAACCAUGGUUCAAAAUGCUUAUCGCCUGGGAGGCCCUGUGAGCAGCCUGAGCUACAGUCUUCCACUUCAGGUCCUGCAGCCCAGGCCCCACUUCUCUCUGGAUAUCAGGACUCGAGCUGGUGAAGGCCUGCUGUUCUUUGCUGCUACCAGGGGGGGGCGCUCUCAUCUCGCUUUAUACAUAUCCAAGGGCAGGAUUAGACUGUCUGUUGGCAAACAGAAGGAGAUCUUCAACAGGGAGAAGUACAAUGAUGGAAAGUGGCACUCGGUCAUGUUCAGUUUGGAGAAGAAGAAAUUUCGAUUGGUCGUGGAUGGGAUCAGAGCUCAGGAUGGUCAGCUGACCACUGCUGAGUUGAAUUCCAUGCAGCAGUUUGUGUCACCUGUGCACCUGGGCAGUGCUCCAGAGUCCCUUCACAAAGAGCUUAAGUUGAAGGCUCUUCCAAGACAAAGUGUAUCCGGGUGUAUCCGCAAUUUUAAAAUGAAUGGAUCACCAAUGUCAAAUCCAACCUCCAACCACGGCGCGGGUCCCUGCUUUGAGGGACAGACACAAAGAGGGGCUUAUUUCUCAGGGAAUGGAGCACAUGUCGUUAUCAAUGACUCUUUUGUUGUGGGCUCAGACUUUGAGCUGCUGUUUAAUAUACGUCCACGGAAUCAAACUGGACUCCUGCUACAUGUUGGUGCUUCCAGUAUGAACCAGUAUGGGCCUGCAGAGGGUCACUACCUCACUGUGUACAUGCUCAGAGGAGAGGUUGUGGCACAAGCAAACAAUGGCAAAGGGGAAUUCAUGGUGUCAGUGAAGCCAAAAGCUUCUUUAUGUGAUGGAAUGUUUCAUAAAAUUUCAGUAAUCAAAAGGAAAAAUGUUGUGCAACUGCACGUGGACACAAUGGACAAUUACAAGAUUGGACCACCAUCUUCCACUACAACUUUGACCAAAGACUCUGUGUAUGUGGGUGGCAUUCCUCAGAUGUCAAUGCAACAGACGCUCCCAGUCACAUCGUCCUUUGUGGGAUGCAUUCAGGACAUGAGGAUCAACGGCGAGUCCAUCUCUUUCGACAGGUUGUCUGGUGCGUUUGGUCCGGUCAACCUCAAAGAAUGUCCAGGCUGAACGUCUCCAUGCAUCAUCGUGAAAACAAACCAUGGGACCACGUCCACCGCCAACCAUGUGCAAUCUGUUACCCAGACAGAGAAUGUGUUUGUGUGUAAGAAUGUAUAUUUUAUGAGGAGUGUGUUUCAAUGUGAAUGAGUGUGUGAGAGUCUGCAUGUAAAAUAGAAAUAUGAGCAGCCGCUUACAGGUUCAUAUUAUUUGCUGCUCGGUUAAGUAUUUCUGUAUUUAUUUUGUGAUAAAAAAAAAGAAUCAUGUAUCAGGGCACCAAUUCACACAUUUCAACAGUUCUUUUACAGUCUGAUGUGUUGGUCCAUUCAUUUUGAUAAAUGUUGACAAUCAAAUGCUACUGAAUAUGCUUGUGAUUGGUGAGGGCUGCAGCAGGAGCAACCCAGCACUUUAAGAAAACAAAUAAUGCCUUUUGUGAUGGUGCUUUAAUGGAAAUCAACAUUAUUAGUGGAUUUUCUUUGUUUGUUUGUUGAAAGGUUUUUACUAAAAAUAUUACAUUUACACCAAGGGUGCUCGUUUUAUUGAUUUUUAAGGGGCUGUUUUAAUUUCAUAUCCAAAUGCCAGCAUGUAGAAUCUACAUUUUACCUGGUUUAGUAGAGUUUUCAAACAGGCCAUGAAAUCAAAUGGUUUCCCCCAUGUUUUUCCCCCUAAACUGUACACGUAUUGUUCUGAAUCAAUUUUCCAGUUUGCAUUCCUUUUUCAUGCAUGGGGAUGUUCUGUGUGGCUGUCAAUAUCAGUUACACAAGAAAACAGCAUGUACUGAAGUUUGUGUAGCAUUUUCUACGAGUUAAAAAA